ACAUCGACGUCACAUUGUGCGACAGCUAGAGUUAAUCUGUAGUCUUUUCAGGGUGAUUGAAUCGCGAAGGCAGGAAUUCGCUCGCAAUCCAUCACUAGAUGGCGAGCAACUAAUGAAUACGCUUGUUAAUUAUUUGAGUAAUACGGCAAAUAUUAACUUUAUAGUCGAUAUUUAAUUUGACGAUAUAUAUGUUGCUGUUAUUGGCUUAGUAAGGUAGUGUUAAAGGUAAUGCCUUCUUAGCUUAGCCCUUUAGCUUAGCUGCAUUGCUCAACGCUGUUUAAACAAGGAUGUGUCACAACAAGAGAGGAACUUGCAGCAACAACAUCAUACAGCCAGUGUGACUAAGUUACCAAAGUGUCCUGUAUGUGCCAUUUUGGUAAACUGCCGUUGGUUAAUUAGGUUUUCUUCGGAACUGGGGCUGCCUCCGAAGCGUUGGCAGCAUGUUGAACAUCCCGACCCAGUCGUUCCCUGCGGCGUGUUCCCAGCAGCGGGUCGGUCCGUCCGGACAGUCCGGGAGGAACAAGGUGGCCUUGAAGCCUGGUCACAGUCUUAUGGACUGGAUUCGGUUUUCCAAGAGUGGAAAAGAUCUGACAGGACUCAGAGGGCGCCUGAUUGAAGUUACCCAGGAAGAGUUGCAGAAACACAAUACAAGAGGUGACUGCUGGACCUGCAUACGAGGGAUGGUUUACAAUGUGACCCCCUACAUGGAUUACCACCCUGGUGGAGAAGAGGAGCUGAUGAAGGCAGCUGGGAUAGAUGGCACUGAACUGUUUGACCAGGUACAUCGCUGGGUGAACUAUGAAUCGAUGUUAAAAGAGUGCCUUGUGGGAAGGAUGGCCAUGAAGACCACCACGGCAAUCAAAGCUAUCAUCCCUCCUACACCAGUGACUGGCCUCGCUCCACCUGUGUCAGUGGCUCCUGCCCCAAACAAAGACUCUCGGCCUCGGUACGACUGGUUCCAAACAGAUGUGACUGUUCAUCUGGUCGUUUAUGCUAAAAGAAAGAUCCCCAGCUCUGGCUGUUCCAUUGUUGACCUUGAGGCGGGUGUUCUACGACUGGAAGUGCUGCUGGGGAAAAUGUCCUACAUGAUACACUUACGUCUAGCUGAUGAAGUUGAAGGACACGUUGAAGUCCACACUGCCUCCUUGGUGGGAAAGAUCCAAGUCACCAUACGCAAACAGGCCAAAGGAAAAUGGUCAAGUCUUGGUCAACCACUGGAAUUCCACAAUACAUUUUUACAAAAAAAAGACAGAGCACUCUACUAUCGGGAUUGUGUGUUGGUAUCUAAAGCUGAGGUGAACCACAACACCCAUAUGUUCAGAUUGCAACUUCCACGUGGGACUGUCAUGCAUGUGCCUGUUGGAAAACAUGUCUACCUCAAAGCCUCCAUUCAAGACACGGAGGUAGUGAGGCCUUACACUCCAGUAGAUCAGAACCUGGCAGCCACCUCCAGCCACUCCUCACAGGAAGCAGACCUCUACCUCAUGAUCAAGGUUUACCCUGACGGAGUGCUCACCCCACAUCUCAACAACCUGCAUAUCGGGGACUGUAUAUCUGUUAGUGGUCCAGAGGGAACCUUUAGCCUUCGCCCCCUUCGUGAUGUCACAUAUCUCUACUUGCUGGCAGCAGGCACAGGGUUCACACCCAUGGCUCGCCUCAUCCAACUGGCCCUGCAGGACAGCAUCAGAAAAAUCAAGCUGCUCUUUUUUAACCGAAGAGAGGAGGACAUUCUGUGGCGCUGUGAACUGGAUGCACUGGCUGCUAAUAGUGAGAGGUUUCAGGUGGAGUACAUCCUCUCUGAUCCCUGUAACAGCUGGACCGGCAGGAAGGGUCAGGUGGAUGAGUCUGUGCUCAAUAAUUUCCUCAACAAGCCAGAUGGGUCCAAAUGCUAUGUGUGUGUGUGCGGCCCCACUGCCUUUACAGAGCGAACAACAGGGUUGUUGAAGCAGCAGGGCUUCAGUAAAGAGGAGAUCCACGCCUUCCAGGGCUGAUACCCAACUCCACCCUGCAAAGACUGUGUGUGUUUUUGUGUGUAUGUCUUUGUGUCUGUGUGUGUGACAGACAGACUGAGAGCAAGAGGGAGAGAUUUUUAUUUAUAAACUCGAGUUUGUGAGAAAUGAAUGGACAUUGUAUUUUCUAUGCACCAAGGUGAUGAUGCUGACAGCAGGCAACGCCCCAGGCUUUGUUGAGCUGUAAGGACAAUCACAAAAUCCCGCUGCAUUGAGAUUCUUAUGAUUUCAGACUGUUUGGUCACUGCCUGGAAUAAAGUUAAUGGAGUUCAUGAAAACGAGUUGAAACAUUGUUAAGAUUUGUAAAAUAAAAGAAGUACAAUAUAAUGAGACUGAUGAGAUGAUAUCUAAAUUGAUGGAGUUUAUGCAAUAUUAUAUAGAAGUAGCAUGAGCUCUGAAGUGUGUGCUGGAGGAUCUUCUGAAGAUUUGUAUAGACCUUAUUGUUCCAGUUACAUGUAUACAGUUGCAGGUGUUCUAAACUGCAGUGAAAUAAAAUGCAUUAUGGUGAUAUUUUUAAA